AUGUCAACAUUCGCACAUACAGAUUACAAUAGCUCUGCUUAUAACGCAUUUCGCCCCAACUAUGGUCAGAAUUUAUAUGAUAAAAUAUUUUCAUUUCAUAAAUCUCAUAAUGGUAAAUUUAACACCGCACUUGACAUUGCCACGGGAACUGGACAAGUUUCAUCUGAAUUAUCUAAUUCAUUUGACAAAGUUUAUGCAACUGACAUCUCUUCCACAAUGCUUCAAAAUGCAAUUCAAAAAUCAAAUAUUGCUUAUUCAAUCUCCACCGCGGAGGAUUUGUCUCAAUUCCGUUCCAAUUCAAUUGAUUUAAUUACAGCAGCACAGGCGGCUCAUUGGUUCGAGAUGGAGAAAUUUUACAAAGAAUCUUUUCGUGUAUUAAAACCUCAUGGAACCUUGGCGAUUUGGGGUUAUAGUAUUAACGUUUUAAAAGACUAUCCAAUUGUCAGACAACUCAUGAGAAAUUUAGUUACUGAUGAGGAUAAGUUAGGUCCUUAUUGGGAUAAAGGAGUAGACACUAUAAGUAAUUUAUAUAAGGAUUUUAAAUUUCCCGAAGAGAUGUUUCAAAAUAUUAAAUGGGAAAUUUAUAAGGGUGAUGAAAAUUCCGAUGUUGAACCAUUAUUGGAAGUCUGUUGGACCAUUCCUCAAUUUACAAAAUAUAUGAAGACAUGGAGCGCCUACAAAAAUUAUUUGAAAGCAAAUCCAAAUUCACCAGAUCCCGUCGAUAAUUACAUCAUCGAUCUAAAACAACUUACCGGAUGGAAAGAUCACGAUGUAUUAUUACGCAUUAGUUGGGAAAGCGUUUUGAUCUUGGCUGAAAGAAAACCCGUGAACCGCAAUCAUGAAACAAAUCAUUUGGCUCGACGUAAUUUAUUGCAAGCACGCGCGGUAGUCACUGUUACGGUUUCAGCGUUAGCAGCUCUUAUUACACAACUCUUUACGGAACUUUUCAUAUCAUUCAAAAAUACGAGUGAAAUCAUAAAUGGCUAUUCGUUUCCUUCUAUUUCUACGCCUGUUUCAUUGACUGGAGUUCUAAUUUUUACAGCAAUAUUAUAUUUUAUUCCCUCGGAAAGAAUCACAAUAUCUCAAGCUGCAAGAAUUGGAAUUUACUUUUUCUUGUCGAUAUCGGCUUAUAUCUCUUAUUUAGGGAAUGGGUUUCAGGCAUUAAGCCACGCAAACUUUUUUGCCGUGCCGCCAUUUAGUUAUAUCUUUGUUUCUAAAAACUUUGGCAAGCAAACCACGAUCUUAGUAUGCAUCAUAUAUACCACAGCUUUUUUCCGGUCGAUUGGAGGGGAGGUGAACCCAAUUUCAUUAUCAUCAUCCGGUUGGGUCGUCUGUGAUGUUUAUAUAAUAUGCCUAGUAGCUUACGAACAAGAAUAUCAAACCAACCAAGAGCGAUUGCAGAAAUCAUUAGAUGAAGCGAAAUCUGCAACGACCGCCAAAUCAUUGUUCAUUUCGAACGUUAGUCAUGGAAUACUUGCCACGGUUGAAAUUUUAGCAAAGACCAAAUUAAACGAAUCUCAACGCGCAUUACUUAAUGCCAUCGAAAGUUGCGGAACAAAUUUGAUUUCGGUAGUAAACCAAGUUUUGACUUAUGCAAGGAUUGAACACGGUAAAAUGGAGCUGGAGCAAAGUGUCUUUGAUAUUUAUUCCGUUUUGCAAGAAAUAGGAGACGGAUUGGCGCCUAUACCUGAGAGAAAAAAUGUGGAUUUUUUUGUUGGUGUGAAAAUGAGUCCGUUACAUAGGUUUCUUGUAGGAGACGUUGGAGUUUUGCGUCAAAUUAUUUUGAACCUUCUCGGAAAUUCGAUAAAAUUUACUGAUAAAGGAAGUAUUGAUUUAAUUAUAAUUGAAAUAUCCGACGACGAAGGCAUAGUUCCAUCACAAGAAGUUGGGAAUUCAAAACAACUAAGCUCCAUAAAUUCAUAUUCUGAAACAAUAAAUUCUUUUAAACAACCUACUUCAGAAUCCAAACAAACCGAUAAUACUCAAGAUGUUCCUAAGGUUAAAUUUUGUAUUGAAGUAAUUGAUUCGGGGCGUGGUAUCGCACCCGAAUUCAUCAAUCAUAUGUAUCAACCAUUUUCGCAGGAAGAUUCUUCUUUACGGAGAAAAUUUGAAGGAACUGGACUAGGCCUUAGCAUCGUAAAGGGACUUCUUGACAUGAUGCAUAGUCGACUUGAAGUUGACUCCAAACUUGGACAAGGCAGUAAAUUUUCUUUUAUAUUUGAAUUACCAAUGUCAGAUCGACUGGAUGAUUUGUACGCUUCUCCUCUUCCAUUCGAUCAUAAAUAUCUAAAACUUUCAUCAUCGGAACAAGAAACAUUAACAAAAAAGCUUCGAUCCUUAUCAUAUGUCGCAUUAAAUACAACGGACUUUCUAUUCUCACAAAGAAUAACGUAUUACUUGGAUCAAUGGGAAGUUGAUUAUAGAUUAAAGAGUAAAGAUGAAUUGAAAAUUGAAUGCACAGAGUCGAAACAUGCUGACCUUGUUAUCUUGAAUGAUAGCAUUAGCGAUUUAGAAUGGUUUUUGAACGAGUUUACGCAGUAUCAACAAAUGCCGAAUCAUUCGAACAGUAAAGAAUCCGCAAAAGAAAACCAAGUUGAAGUGGAAUGUAUUGAAGAUACAGGAUUACUACAACAACGCGUAUUAUUUUUUGCUACAAUAGGAAAUUAUCAGGAAACAGAAAAGAUUUUAAAGAAAUAUAAACCGCAAAGCGUUAUAAUAGUAACGAAACCUGCAGGUCCCGUUAAACUUUUAUCAGCUAUCAUAAGGGCUAUGGAAUCUUUACUUAAGAAAUCUGAAGAGUCAUCAAUAAACGAAUAUUAUAAUGUAAUGAAAGUUCAAGAAGAAAAGGAAAGAUUAAUUCGGGAAGAAUAUAUUAAUUUCAUUAAAGACUCAAACAUUAAUAAGAUUGGACCAAUGGAUAUUGGUGAAUUAGCAAUAAGUCCAAGCAGACUUACACCACCCGUAUUAGCUGAAGGAAUUUUAUUCGGGAUGGAUAAAGAGAUAAUCUAUGAACGUAAAGAGCAAAAAAAACAAUUAGAGAGAACGAAUAAAGACAAAAAUAAAGUUAGAUUAGAACCGGUUAGUGAAAAGAAUGAAGAUCCCAAAAAUAUAUCAUUUUUAAUCGUUGAGGAUAAUAAGAUCAAUGAGAUGAUUUUAAUAACGAUGUUAAAACAAUCAGGGUACUAUAAUUACGAUGUAGCAAAUAAUGGACUUGAAGCUGUUAAAAUGUUUUCACAGAAAUCAUAUGAUAUAAUAUUUAUGGACCUUCAAAUGCCAAUAUGCGAUGGUAUAGAAGCAACGAAAGAACGUGGAGAAGAAUCAUAUUUAGCAGCACCUAUUCCAAGAAGUCGAGAUUUAACAUCAGAAUCUACAGAACAACAUAAUAUUGGUAGUCGACGAAAAAAACGAAGAAAAAAGGCUAUAAUAGUUGCAAUGACUGGACUUGCUUCAAAAGAGGAUAGCCAAAUUGCGGAAGCGGCUGGAUGUAACGAAUUUUUGUCAAAACCAGUAUCGAUAAAAUCUUUAAAUGCGCGUAUGAAAAUUUGGACAAAAGAAGUAUUAAAUGUAGAAGAGGAAGAAAACGAAGAUGACAAAGGAGAGGAACUCUCGGUAGAAGAAUCAGAAGAGUAA